AUGCAUCAUGUCGCCGUGGGUGGAUCCGAGCUGCCUUCCUUCUUGCUAAAUACAAUUGAUGCCAAGAUUGGAGAUCAUAUACGCGUCAAUCACACUCUGACCCAAUCUAGUCUCAAGCACCCUUGUUCCGCACUUCGAGAGUUCGAUACGGGAUUUGGCCAAUUCAAUCCUGAAAAUCGGAGCGAUCUCUCGGUAGCCUUAACCAUCUGCGGUCGGACCAACGCCGAAAGAUACGACCUGAAUUCGGACCGAAGGAUAUGA